UUGAGCUUCGGCUAGAUGCCAGGCUCUGGGCAUGUACAACCCCCUUCGCUCUCAUGACCCCCAUUUAACAGAUGAGAAAACGUGCAAGAUGACCUCACCCGCCCAAGGUCACUUGGCAGGCGGGGAGACCGUUCCAGAAGGACCUUGAUGAUGCGCUGCCUGACUACCCCAACACUGCUUCGGGCCCUGGCCCAGGCUGCACAUGCAGGGCGUCCCACUGGCCGGAGCCUCCACAGCAGCACAGUGGCAGCGACCUACAAGUUCGUGAACAUGCGGGACCCCUCGAUGGACAUGAAGGCGGUGACCGACAGGGCGGCUCAGACCCUGCUGUGGACUGAGCUCAUCCGAGGCCUGGGCAUGACCCUGAGCUACCUGUUCCGGGAGCCUGCCACCAUCAACUACCCAUUCGAGAAGGGCCCACUGAGCCCUCGCUUUCGGGGAGAGCAUGCACUGCGUCGGUAUCCAUCGGGAGAGGAGCGCUGCAUCGCCUGUAAGCUUUGUGAGGCUGUCUGCCCCGCCCAGGCCAUCACCAUCGAGGCUGAGCCGCGGGCCGAUGGCAGCCGCCGGACCACCCGCUACGACAUCGACAUGACCAAGUGCAUCUACUGUGGCUUCUGCCAGGAGGCCUGCCCGGUGGACGCCAUCGUCGAGGGCCCCAACUUCGAGUUCUCCACCGAGACGCACGAGGAGCUCCUGUACAACAAGGAGAAGCUGCUCAGCAACGGGGACAAGUGGGAGGCCGAGAUCGCCGCCAACAUCCAGGCCGACUACCUCUACCGCUGACGCCCCCCGCCCGGCUGGCCCGCGGCCCCUGCCGCCCAAUAAAAAAGCUCUGCCCUCCCGCA